GACGCGCUCAAUGGUGGACCACCCGGGAAGGGCUUGACGGAAGAAUGGACGACGGACUGCGCCGAGCCGCUGGACAGCAGCCCCUUCCCCCGAGGACGAGCCCCCCCGCAGCAGAACGGUGGCAAAGACAGCCCCUUGGACAUGCUGGGCACAGACAUCUGGGCCGCCAACACCUUCGACUCCUUCAGUGGUGCCACGUGGGACCUGCAGCCUGAAAAGCUGGACUUCACCCAGUUCCACCGGAAACUCCGGCACACCCCCAAGCAGUCCCUGCCGCACAUCGACCGGGAAGGGUGCGGCAAAGGGAAGCCGGAAGACGGAGCUGGCAUCAACCUGACCGACAUCGAGAAGGUCCUCCCAGUCUGGCAGGGCUACCACCCACUGCCCCACGAGGCGGAGAUCGCGCACACCAAGAAGCUGUUCCGGAGGCGGAGGAACGACCGCAGACGGCAGCAGAGGCCUCCGGGAGGGAGCAAACCCCAACAGCACGGCGACCACCAGCCAGGCAGCGCCAAGCACAACAGGGACCACCAGAAGUCCUACCAGGGAGGCCCCACGCCCCACACCUCAGGGAGGCCCACCCACCACGGCUACAGCCAGAACCGCCGCUGGCACCACGGCAACAUGAAGCCCCCGCCGGGCGACAAGGGGGAGGCAGGUGCCCCCCGUGGCACCAAGGAGCCCGUGGCCCUUGAGGGCCCCAAGCCAGAGGACCCCACGGGGGAUGCCGGACCGGGCAGUCUCGAGCCCCCCCGCAGCCCUGACACCCCGGCCCCGGCAGCCUCCGGGAGGCUGCCCCCGCUGCCAGGCGGCCCCGAGACUGAGGCAGAGCGGAAGGACAACCCCGUGCCCGAGCGUGCAGGGGAGCGGCCCAAGGUCACCCUGCUGGCGUCCUCCAAAGACAGGCUGCGGCGGAGGCUCCGGGAGAAGGAGGACUUGGCCGUGGAGCCGCCUGCCCCGCAGCCCAGCAAGAUGGACCGGCUGCUGGCCAUCCUGAACAGCAUGCGCCACAGCGGUAGCGAUGUGGACGCCCAACUGAGCCGCUUCAUGGAGGAGGCUCAGAACUCCGCCAACUCCGAGGAGACGCUGGGCGAGAUCGUGCGCACCAUCUACCACAAGGCUGUGUCGGACCGCAGCUUCGCGCUCACAGCCGCAAAGCUCUGUGACAAGAUGGCGCUCUUCAUGGUGGAGGGCACCACCUUCCGGAGUCUGCUGCUCAACAUGCUGCAGAAGGACUUCACAGCGCGUGGCGAGCUGCAGCGGCGGGACGCAGAGCGCUGGCUGGGCUUCAUCACCUUCCUGUGUGAGGUCUUCGGUGCCAUGCGCAGCAGCACGGGCGAGCCCUUCCGCGUGCUCGUGGGCCCCAUCUACACCUGCCUGCGCGAGCUCCUGCAAUCUCAGGACGUGAAGGAAGAUGCCGUCCUGUGCUGCUCCAUGGAGCUGCAGAGCACAGGCCGGCUGCUGGAGGAGCAGCUGCCCGAGAUGAUGGCUGAGCUGCUGGCCAGCGCGCGCGACAAGAUGCUGUGCCCCUCAGAGUCCACGCUGACCCGGUCGCUGCUCUUGGAGGUCAUCGAGCUGCACGCCAACAGCUGGAACCCCCUGACGCCCCCCAUCACGCAGUACUACAACAGAACCAUCCAGAAACUGACGGCGUGA